AUGACUAGGCGAUCAUUUUGUGAUUUAUCAAUAACAGCAGAUCGGCUAAGGAAAAUCUAUGAAAGACAAAAAAAUUUAUCAUUUCAAUCAACUGUUAUAGAAGAUAUCAAUCCACGGAAUGUUUUUUGCAACAGUGCACUUGAUUUAAAAAAGACAAAAAUCUAUGGAUUUGAUUACGAUUACACGUUAGCAAUUUAUAAGACGUCGCUUAAUAAAUUGAUUUAUGAUCUUGCCAUGGGUCGUCUUAUAAAACAUUUUAAGUAUCCCAAGCAGUUGCUGGAUAUACCAUAUGAUCCAAAUUUUGCUAUACGAGGUCUACAUUAUGAUAUCGAGAAUAGUUGUCUUUUAAAGCGACGAGAACUUAUGCAGUUAAGCGAUCUGUUUAGCCUUCCAUGGGCCGGUCUACUUUCGACUGUCGUUCAAUAUUUUGAUGAAAAUUCUAUCGACUUCGACCCAUCGUGUACGUUUGAAGACAUUGAAGCUAGUGUACGUUAUAUUCAUAGUACCGGUCUAAUGCAUAAUACUGUUAUGCAUAAUUUGAAAGAAUAUGUGCAUAAAAAUAUUGGUUUAAAAGAGUAUUUAUCUCGAUUAGUAGACAAAGGAAAGAAGAAUCGAGGUAUGUGUUACAUGUUAGACGAAAACUGGCGCGAUUACUUUGAAUGUAUAGUCGUUAUGGCUAAGAAACCAAUUUUUUUCAAAGGCCGUGCACCAUUUCGACUAUACCAUGAAAAUGACGACAGUUUAUCAUAUGAAAAAGUGACCUUUCUAAGGAAAGGAACGAUUUAUGCUGGAGGUAAUAUUCAGACUCUUUCUCUUCAACCAUUUUUCGAAGGUAAGGAAGUAUUAUAUUUUGGAGACCAUAUUUAUGUCGACUUAGCUGAUCCAGUAUUAUCUUUGGGAUGGCAUACAGCAGCUAUUGUACCGGAAUUAGCUCGUGAAAUUCGAUUACAAAAUGAUCCUAAAUAUCGUUGUGCUGUUAUUUGGCUGCAAAGCUUGACAUCUUUGAUUGAAAAUUAUCAAAACUCAGUCACUAGAGAUCGUGAAGUGGCAAAUUUGAUUACAGCUUGGCUGAACGAGAGAAGAAUUAUUCGGCAAAGAAUUAAGGAAAUGUUCAAUCCUCAAUUUGGCUCAAUGUUCCGGACUUAUCAUAAUAUGUCGUAUUUUUCACGACGGCUCAAUCGCUUAUCUCAUAUAUAUACAAGCCGACUUCCAAAUAUGCUUCGUUACAGUGAUAAUCAUGUAUUCUUUCCGCAGCGAAAUGCUUUACCUCAUGAAUUGCAAAUGUUUAAUAUCCCCGAGUUUACUGAAAAAGUAAAUCAGUGA